AUGGUGAGAUCUCGAUCUCAAGGAACCACAAGGCGCGUGACUCCAACGCCGAUUUUGGAUGUUGAGAAGCCGCUUCCGAACGGAGAUCUCUACAUAGGGAGCUUCUCCGGCGGGUUUCCUCACGGAUCCGGUAAGUAUCUAUGGAAAGAUGGGUGCAUGUACGAAGGCGAUUGGAAACGAGGUAAAGCUUCAGGUAAAGGGAAAUUCUCAUGGCCAAGCGGAGCUACUUACGAAGGCGAAUUCAAAUCCGGUAGAAUGGAAGGAUUCGGUACUUUCACCGGAGCCGACGGAGAUACUUACAGAGGAACAUGGGUCGGUGAUCGGAAACACGGACACGGACAAAAGCGUUACGCGAACGGAGAUUUCUACGAAGGUACUUGGAGAAGGAAUCUACAAGAUGGUAGAGGUAGGUAUGUGUGGAGGAAUGGGAAUCAGUAUACCGGAGAAUGGCGUAACGGUGUGAUUUCAGGGAAAGGUUUGCUUGUUUGGGCUAAUGGGAAUCGAUACGAAGGUCAAUGGGAAAAUGGAAUACCUAAAGGGAAUGGAGUUUUCACUUGGAGUGAUGGUAGUUCUUGUGUUGGAGCUUGGAAUGAGAGUAAUAUUAUGAGGAGUUUCUUUAAUGGGAUUGAGAAGAAUGAUUUGGUUGUAGCUACGACUAGGAAGAGAUCUUCUGUUGAUAGUGGAGGUGGAAGUUUAGGAGGAGAGAAGAUUUUCCCGAGAAUCUGUAUAUGGGAAUCUGAUGGAGAAGCUGGAGAUAUCACUUGUGAUAUUAUUGAUAAUGUUGAAGCAUCGAUGAUUUAUAGAGAUAGGAUCUCUGUGGAACGUGAUGGGUUUCGUCAGUUUAAGAAGAAUCCUUGUUGGUUUAAUGGUGAAGCAAAGAAACCUGGAGAAACUAUAUCGAAAGGGCAUAAGAAGUACGAUUUGAUGCUGAAUUUGCAGUUAGGAAUCAGGUAUUCUGUUGGCAAACAUGCUUCGAUUGUUCGAGAUCUUAAACAGACUGAUUUCGAUCCAAAGGAGAAGUUUUGGACAAGGUUUCCACCGGAAGGUACUAAGACUACACCGCCUCAUCAGUCAAUUGAUUUCCGGUGGAAGGAUUAUUGCCCUUUGGUGUUCAGACGUCUCAGGGAGCUUUUCCAAGUGGAUCCAGCUGAGUAUAUGCUAGCUAUUUGUGGAAAUGAUGCUCUUAGGGAACUAUCUUCACCUGGAAAGAGUGGAAGCUUUUUUUACCUAACUCAAGAUGAUAGAUUUAUGAUCAAGACGGUGAAGAAAUCAGAAGUCAAGGUGCUUCUAAGAAUGCUUCCAAGUUACUACAAACAUUUCUGCCAAUAUGAAAACUCCCUCGUCACUAGAUUCUAUGGUGUUCAUUGUGUCAAACCCGUCGGUGGCCAGAAGACUCGGUUUAUCGUCAUGGGAAACUUGUUCUGCUCCGAGUAUAGAAUUCAAAGACGGUUUGAUCUCAAAGGAUCUUCCCAUGGACGCAGUACUGCAAAGCCUGCAGGGGAAAUUGAUGAGACCACGACUCUCAAAGACCUUGAUCUUAACUUUGCUUUCCGUCUACAGAGAAACUGGUACCAAGAGCUUAUGAAGCAAAUAAAACGCGACUGUGAGUUCUUGGAAGCUGAGAGAAUAAUGGAUUAUAGCCUUUUGGUUGGUGUUCACUUCCGUGAUGACAACACAGGAGAAAAGAUGGGGCUUUCUCCAUUCGUUUUGAGAUCUGGUAGGAUAGAUUCAUAUCAGGAUGAGAAAUUCAUGCGUGGUUGUCGCUUCCUAGAAGCUGAACUUCAAGACAUGGACCGGAUUUUAGCUGGCAGGAAACCAUCGAUCAGAUUAGGCGCAAACAUGCCAGCAAGAGCGGAACGAAUGGCCCGAAGAAGCGAUUUUGAUCAGUAUACAUCAGCUCACGGUGAGAUGUACGAAGUGGUUCUCUACUUUGGAGUCAUUGACAUCUUGCAAGACUACGACAUAACCAAAAAGAUCGAGCAUGCGUAUAAAUCAUUACAAGCUGAUCCAGCUUCAAUUUCAGCCGUGGAUCCUAAACUCUAUUCCAAAAGAUUCACAGAUUUCAUCAGUAGGAUCUUCAUCGAAGACGGCUAA